GCUGACUCAAAUGGAAACAUCAUAAUGGAACCUACAGACAAUCAGAGCAGCAACAGCAGCUUGUACAACGAAGACAGAAACUUGCUGCGUAUGAGAGAGAGAGAGAGGCGGAAUCAGGAGGCUCUGCAGGAGAAAGACAGGUUCCCUGAGAAAACUCCCCUCUUUGCAGAACCCUACAAGACUAAUAAAGAAGAUGAGUUGUCAAGCCGAAUUCAGAACAUGCUGGGCAAUUAUGAGGAGGUCAAGGAGUUCAUGAGCAACAAAUCCCAUCAGAAGCUCAUAGGGAUUCCAAAAAGUGUUGCUCCUCUGAUCCCACAAGGAAAACCUCAUCGCCCAUACUUCCCUGAAAAGACCAGCCAUACAUUACCAUCUUCAUUCCACCGUACAACCUGCCAUCCACCCAUGGGACCUAUGGUUGUAGCUCCUCCCCCGCCAAGCCAAUCCAUUCACUACCAAAAGGCACAAUUGAGAACAGAACCAACUUCAGGUUUGCAUGCCAAGGGUCACGGCUUAUCCAACGGUCAAAGCCAAGGUCAAGAACACAGUCGUGGUGGCCAGGAAAGUCAUGCAGGUUUUCACCACAAGAGAAAUGAUAGGCAUGCGGUUGGUGAAGGUCGUGUUAAUGAACUGCAGACCUCCAUUUUGGCUCUUUCUCCAUUGAUGUCAUCUUUGCCUUCUCCAUUGGCACCCCUGUCACCUCAACAUUCCAGCCAGCCUAUCAAUUCCAAGUCACAGAACAGCAGCAAAAGUCAUAGGCCGACCUACAGUCAAACAAAACCAUCUCAGGACAUAGUGACAGGAUCACAGGAGAAGGAAAGUCAGGACAGCUCAGCCGUUAACCUGACCAGCACCACUCAGCCUUCCUCUCAGACUUUUCCCCCACCUUUGCCAUCUAAAACCAGUGCAAUGCAGCAGAAACCAACUGCCUAUGUCAGACCAAUGGAUGGCCAAGAUCAGACACCAGUUGAAUCACCAGAGCUCAAACCUCUCCUGGAGGAAUACCAUGGAGAACCCUAUGAAAAAAUCUCAGAUUUGAAGGCAAAUGCCAAAGCCAAACUAUCCAAAUUGGAAAUCCCUUCUGAGCCCAUAGAGCAAACCUUCCCCAGUGAUGUCCACUCCAUUGAAGAAAUUUUGAAGGAAAUGACCCGCUCAUGGCCACCUCCCCUGACAGGUAUUCAUACGCCUAGUACAGCAGAGCCUUCCAAAUUUCCUUUCCCAACAGAGGAAUCACAGCCUGUUGGAUCUGUAGCACAGAAUCAGAAACAGUAUGAUGCACCUGCAAAAACAUUGCCUAGUUCUCAACCAAGAACAUCAACGCUCCAGGACGACCUGCAGCUCAGUGAUAGCGAAGAGAGUGGUGACGACCAAGUUGCUGAAAAGCCACCUUCUUCACUUGCUCCUCCAAGUGCCCUACAGUCCCAGACCAAGAGCGUGGCAUCAGCACAUUCCAGCAGCCCAGAGUCAGGGAGCACCAGUGACUCAGACAGCUCUUCAGACUCGGAGACGGAGAGCAACUCCAGUGACAGUGAAGCAAAAGACCCUCCGAGAGCGUCAGCACCUGAGCCCGACGCACCAACUUCUAAUAAAUGGCAGCUCGACAACUGGCUAACCAAGGUGAACCCACCAGUAGUGCCAACAGAGGGUCUCAGUGAAAUUGCCCCUGGAGAUGGAUGUGAGGAGAGCAAGGAGCAGGGGCAGGGCGUCAGCAGCAAUUCCUCCCACCGGUGCACUGAGCCAAGGGAGCCUCAGCACAAGAGCUCUGGCCGAGCAGCCAUGGCUCCUCAGGAUGCUCGUCUUCCGACCAAAGACAACUGCCAGAAGUCUCCUGUGCGCACUGAGGAACCCUUGCCCAGGCAGACUGUGGGUAUCAAAAGGCCCAGGAAGGCCCUGGUGCAUGAGGGGCCCAAGGGAGGCCUGAAGGUGGAGAAUGACCCUGGACCCCUUGAGGGCAGAGACCAGUCUUCCAGAGACAAGCCAAAAGUCAAAACGAAAGGGAAGCCAAAAUCCAGUGACAGAAAAGACCCGAAGCCGGCACUGCAAGAGUCCGCUGAGAGCAGAAAGCACAAGAGCUCCCACCAGGCCAAUGCCAAACCCUCCUUGGACCCCAAGCUCGUGAGAGAAGUUUUGCCUGGCAGUGCCCAGGAGCAUCUUGCUCUCAGCCCCCUUCCUCAAGGCCAAGGCACGACCCCCACCAGGACUAGUGGCCACAGGCCUGCCGUGGUGGCCAGAGAGGACUUGCACAAGGACAAACUUCCCUUGUCUGUCAGUGAGAAGAAGUUGCUCUUGCCAAUGAGGGACUCCCCUGUCCCUCAAUCCCUCAUGGUGAAAAUAGAUCUUCCUCUUUUGUCAAGAGUCCCCCAGCCCCCUGGGAAAGGCAGCCACCAGAAGAGAGCAGAGACCAAGGAACUCCCUGGUGCAAGGAAGCAGGACCUGGAAAGGAAAACCACAGACACUCCUGACAAGUCCCUUCAAAAGAGGAAGAGGAAAGCGGAGAAGGAGAUUGAUAGGAAGAAAAUUAAAUCAGAAAAAGAAACAAAGUCAUUGCAGUCUUCAGAUAACAAAGACUCCAAUAAACCAAAAGCAUCAAAAGCUUCACUUGAAACCCAGAAGAAAGAUGUCCUGCUACCCCCGCCACUGCCACACAUGUCUCCUGCACGUCCUGCACCAAAGUCAACCAAGACAGCCAAAAAGAGACCCAGAAGUGAGAGCGAUGAGCUGCCAGCCAUGGAUAACACUGCCAGGAACAAGAGCAGCCACAAGGAUCCUUUGUUGUCCAAGCACAAGAAAGAGGAGAGAAAUCACGCUGAACCGUCGAAGGGCAUCAAAGGAUCUGCAGGGGAUGUCACAAAUCCUUUCCCAGUGCCUUCUUUGCCAAACGGUACUUCCAAGCCAAGGAGACCUCAACUCCAGUUUGAAAAACAUCAUCCAGUGGAAUACUACAUCGAAGAGGCCAAGAGGCUGAAGCACAUAGCCGAUGCAAUGACUGACAAGACUGGAAAGGCCUUCCAGUACCUAGAUGCUGCCCUUUCCUUCCUUGAUUACGGGAUUGCCUUGGAAUCGGAUGCAUCAGCACCAAAGUCAGCUUACAGCAUAUUCAACGACACCAUAGAUCUCCUCAAAUUCGUCAUGACACUGAAAUCCUUUACAGAUGCCUCAGCAUCUUCACAGGAAAAAAUCUUUGCUGUGUUAUGCAUGCGCUGCCAGUCCCUUCUGCACAUGGCAAUGUUCCGUUACAAAAAAGAUGCUGCCAUGAAGUAUUCCAGGAUCCUGAAUGACCACUUCAAGAGUUCUUCCAGAUCUACACAAGCACCUUCUCCCUGCAGAAGCACAGGCAUGCCUUCUCCUCUUUCUCCAAUGCCCUCUCCUGCUGGUUCUGUGAGUUCUCAGCCAGGAUCAAAUGCCAGCAACUGCAGUGGGAACAGCAUUGUCUCUGCAGUCACUGUCCCCUGUAAUAUCCCAAAUGUCACCUCUUCCUACGUCAACAUCACUUCCUAUAUCCUCUAUGCUUAUGAUACUUGGGAAAAGGCCGAUGCACUGGCCAGGAAGAACACAGAGUUUUUUGCUGAACUCAGCACAGCGACGUGCGCUCUGGCGCUGAACAGUAACAUGACCGAAGUGGUACACUACGCUAGACAGGGUUUACAGUGGCUGAGACUGGAAAUAAAUACGCCUUAACUGGUGCUCAAGGUGCUUAAGUACCUUGAACUUAUUUGCACUUUUGAAGCCUCAGAAACAGUCUGACUUGUUGAAAUAUUGGAUAAAAAGCACCUGCAAGGGAAAACAAAUCGAGGUGGAAGGAAUCUGGUUACACUGGAAAAAACUUUGAACUGUGUUUUUAAGGCAAUGCUUUGCUGCCUUGAAAAAGAAGAGGUGGAGGGAAGCCUCAGUGUUGAUGGCACCUUCCUUUAAAACGACAAAGUGCAAUGAAUUGUCUGAAUGGCUCAAUGUAUUGAUGGUCUAUAAACAUUUCUAUUAUGAAUAACCAGCAGGACAAUAAUCACACAUGAAGAAGUGCCGACAAGAAGGAAAUAUGCCUCCAGAGGUUCUUAUGCAACACCCCCCAGCCUGCAACAGUCAUGUGCCGAGAAGACAUGUCAAGGAAGUGUUUUUGCCAGCACAGAUGCAAUCUUUGGUGUCUUUGUUUCUCAGAUGGCAAGUAGCAACCUCAUCAGCACUGAACAGCGUUAUGUUACAGUAAAAACAGCAAAGUGGUCUGCCUUGCCUGCUUUCCAACCUCACCCUCUUGCAUUUGUCAGCCAGCUGCUGUCCUGAGGAUCGGGGGAAGUCACUGCCUUUGGUGCUGCAAGUUCACUUUUUAAGUCAUCGCUGCUUUGGUGGUCCUCCUUGCCACGCACUCACGCACACAGUGCCCUGAGCUCUUGAACUCUGUUACUUAGGGUCUUGAUUGGCUUAAGCCUUGUAAGUCAAACACAGUUGGAUUGGCAAAAUGACCAGGUGUGGUUGGGAACAGCUCUGCCUUUCUUCUGUGGUGGAGGGAUGUCACUCACCCUUGAGGACUCCUCGUCCGGUUGCUUUUUAUUGUUUUGGUGGGUGGGGGUGGGUAGCUGUACUGUGUCACUGUGAUUGACAUUGUUGAGUCGGAGAGCAAACCUGGGGAGGAAUUGCUUCUGUUUAAGGAGGGACUAAGUGGCUGAAUGUGGAACAUAAGCCAAAUUUUGCGUUUGGAUAUUUGCCUGCACCUGUUGCUGGUCUCGGUGAAUAUCUAAGAGCAGGAUUUGGUACCGAAAGAGGGCAUUCUCAUGUGAGAGGUCAUUCAUGUGCUCUUUCUCAACCAAACUACAGGAUGGGCCCAGCAACUUAUAAAUCUGUCAAGGGAACAGAAAAGGGAAUAAUUAGCUGUUUGCAAGCGUUUUUUUUCCUUGUCAGAAGCUACGUUUUUGAAACUGUGAUUUUGCAGGUGACAGUAGCAGUGAAGGCAGCAUCUGUGGCGUUGGUGUGUUCAGUAAGACGACAUCCUUCUCCACCCGAAGAUUUCCUGUUGUGUGACAGCAGCGUCCUGCUGUCCUCAUAUCUAAUAGUGUGCCUUAGCCCUCUGGUCUCCUCUCACAUCCCUUGCCCUAUCUCUGACAGACCCAUGGGAGUGGUAAAGAGAAGGGUCAUACCCCAAAAUAAUAGUGCUUACAGCAAAGAAUUAGCUCGCUCUUCCGCAUAAUUUCAGGAUGGAGGAACAGGUCUGUGUGCCUACAGCACUACCCCCUCUGUAAAAUAUCUGCUCGUGGUUUUUGAGGCUCACAAAAAUGAGCAGUAAAUAAAUAUCAGCAAAAGGUCUGCAUUUCCGAAAGUGGUUUCUGUAGAAAUGGCCCUGGCCACAGAGAAGCCCGGAGUCCUCUUGCCUCUGAGAAGAGCUGGCAGGAGCACACUGGGGGCUCUGCCCUUGUCCUGAGCACAAGGGAGCUCUCCUCCCGCCUUCUCUGGUGGCGCAGGACUGCCAGGAUUCUGCAUCUUCAAGGGAUGGUCCUUUUACAUUCGCUUUAUUAAAAGCCUUAGUGCAUUUCAGGGAUAAGCUGUCCUAACUAGUGGGAGGAAGGUCUGUGUCCCCCGCUCCCUUCUUUACCUAUUGGACUUCACUUGUGCUUCUUCUCCCUGGAGGAGCAACUGCUCUGAGUAAGCCAGGGACAAAGAAAGGAUCAGCAUUAACUGUUUUGUUCUCAGGGAGCAUGGGGAUGGCCAGCCAGCCUGAAAGCUUGGCAUGUACUUUGGAGCUCAGUUCCAGACUAGUGAGUUGAUGCUGCCUUCUGACUUUGUCUUCAAACAAAGUUAUUUUUAGGAUCACCGGGUGAGAAAGAGGAAGAAAGCUUUAGUGAACCCAAAAACCGCAGUGGGAGUCUGCAAGAACUGCAGCAGAAUGUUAGGAGUAAGUGUAAGGUGAAGCAGGGACACGUGUUGCCCCCAUACUUUAAUUUUGUGAACAUCCAUCUCCCUCCUUGCUGCCAGGCCAGGUUCUUGUUGGAGAGCUGCUUGCUCACAGCUUGCCUGCUCUGGGGGGACCUUUGCCUGCCACAACCCAGGAAGCGCAGGGCACGUGGCUGCUGCUGGCCUGCGCCCAGCUCCCUGCCACCCACGUGUGCCCUGUGGACACUUUGCUGCCCAGGUUGUGGUCAUCUGUUGCCCUCUUCCUAGGAAAGCUCAGGCAAGCAAAGUUGGUAAGAAGACACCCAGUGCGGGCGGAUGAACCACUGGCGUUUGCUGCUUUACGGUUGGGCUGCUCUCGCUCCCAGGGCAAACUCUCAUGGGCUUCAAAACAAGAUCACGGGCAGUUGGUGACGUGGGCACGCGCAGGUCUGUUUGGGGGCUCUCAUUUCAAAAGCCAUCUGUGGAAGUAUCGCUGCUGAGCUAUGUAGCAGGAAGCUGUGUUCUGUUUCAGGUCACGGAGAAGACUGUUUAAUAAUAGGUAAUUUUAAAAAAGCCAUUGUAUUUCAACCUUGAGCCCAGGUCAAAGACCUGCAGAGAGUUAGGAAAGAUGCUCAUUGUUUUCAGUUGGACCUGUCCAGGCCUUAAAAAAAAAAAAAAGGAAAACAAAAAACAAAACAAGAAAAACCUCAAACCAAAACAUGACAGUGGGGGAAAUAGCAUUUGCCAUUAGGAAACAAAACCACGAAUCCCAGGAAAAACAGAGGUGUUGAUUGAGUCCCAGGAGAGGAGGCAUCUCUGGUGGUGAAGCAGCAUCACUUCCAUACAAUAUUUAUUUAUAAGAAAUAAAGUGUUGAAAUUGUCAAAUGAUCUAUUUUUACAAUGCCGUUUAUUUAAUAGUUGAAAACCUGACCUACAUGGAGGUAGAGAGCUCUUCUGUAACUGAAAGUCAAAGUCUGACUGCAAUGCCCUUUGGUUUUGAUUUUGUCCUCUCCCCUCCUUAUUUAGUUCCCAUUAUAAAUCUGUACAUCUUAAACUUAUUUUGGGGACAUAUGUCCCUCUUGUAAAUAACUUUCUGCCUUGUGUGUGAUGGAGUUUGAGAUGAAUCAUUCAUAUGGGGGAAAUAAACAAUAAAUGAAGUAGCCUAUUUGUUAUGAGCUGUGUACUCAGCUUCUUGUAGAGAAAUUGGAAUUUUUCCCUGUGAAUGGUCUUAGUGUUUCCCCUCUGAAUGAAGUUUAAGUAUGAAUUUCUGUACAAGAAGUCCAUUUCAAUUGCUCCCCUGUUUAUAACCACUGAUCUUUUCCUUUAGGAACAACAAUGGGUGCAAAUCUAGAUGCUCAGAGUGGCAGGAGGGUCACAGCUCGUGACAUUUGUCUCCUCCCAAAAUGGAUUCUGGGAAGGCUGUGCUGGGGUCAGGCACUGCCGGCUAGCAGUGCCUGGCUCCCUGUGCUUGCUGACAGCAAAAUCUCACAUGAGGUCGUUUCCUGCAGCUGAACAAGUUAACUUACAAGGAGGGGGAGGCGCAGAGAUGGUGGUUGGCGCGUCCCGCUCCGCAUUUGCCACAAAGGUGUCGCGGGGCUCGGUUCUGGGACGAGAGUCUGCUCAGGUCUAGUUCAUGGCUGCGUUUCCGAAGUGCUGUGAGGAGGAUUUCCCUCAGGGAAUCCCGCAGGAUUUCAUUUCCCACGGUAGCUCUGCUUCUCAUUGGUUGUGCAAGGUGAUCUCUUUGCAGUGUGGCCUUAUACUUCUUGUUUGGGGCUUUUCCCACUUCUUGUUUUAUGUUGGGCAAUGUAACUGUUCCUUGGAAGAAUUAUUUUUGCAUUUAUGCACUAUUGUGAUAUAAUUGUGUGUAAUUCAGGUCCUUUCUGCAACAGGGAUUGCACCUGAGAUGUUUGCUAAUAAGAGGUGUGGUUUUCUAACGUACUGUGUAAAUUGUAGAAGUUACUGAAAUCUGUUUUAAUACCCACUAGCUACGUUGCUGUUACAGAUGCCUAUAGAAAUGUACGCUUCUUUUGGGGUCAGUGCACUUUUUCACUGCAUGCUUCAAAUCCCAAUGGCAAAAUUGGUAUUGACAUAGGAAUGAAAGGAAAAAAUAUUUAGUUAGUAAAAAAAUUGAAAUGUGGAAUUUCCUCAGAUGAGUAUCUGGUGGGAUUUUUAGCUACAGACUAGGCAGGAGGAGCUUGGUGGUGCAUUUGGUCGUGCGAGGUAGGACUGGGGCUCAGUUCACUGCCAUCAGUUAGUGUUUCAAGUGGUCUGGAAGCAGGUGGGCCCCGGGUGGGUUGCAAGAUGCAUGGAGGGUAAGGGAAGAGAAUGGGAAGAGUUUGUGGCUGUGGCCAUGCACAUGUGAGUUAAACGUGUCUGGAUUUUGUUCUGGUGUCGGCAGGGUGCGAGGGAUGGGUGGACACGAGCUGUCCUGUCUGCUGGCUGGGGGGGAGCUGCUUUUCCUGGGCCACUCAUGUCCUCUCUCCCACCAUUUCCUUUCCCCUUGCACCCCAAAAGGUGCAUUUUCCCCAUUCCUUGCUUGGAAUUAGGAUAAGUUUUGGAGGUGGGAUGGGGAUAGGGAGCGGAGGGAGAGAUGCAGAGGAAGGAGGUGCAAUGUGCCAGCAGGGAGGUCAUCCAAAAGCCAGGGAGGGAGAAGGGGGAGCAGGAGGCCCUGGGGAUGCAGCAGUCAACCGCCCUCCUUGGCUUUCUGCCCAGGGCAGCACCCCUCCCGCGGGCUAAACCAGCCCAAAAUAUUUUGGGGUUGUUUUUCAAUAAUAUUUUUUAUUGUUUUUUGUUUAUUUAUUGAGCCUUUAUUGACCAAACCUAAUUUUGCAACUGUGUUUAAUUUAUUUUGAGAUUUGUUAUACAUUAUAGAUGAGCUUGCUUUUCUCUCUUCGGCUUGACUUACCCUUUUCAAAGACAAAUGUUAUUUUUGGCAAAACAGCUGUGUUGAAGUUGAUUGCAGUUUCUCAGCUCUAUGCUGCUCUCCAAACACUAAAACAGCCUGUUGGCAGACCGUGCUUUCUUUAUAUUAAUUGCACUUUUAGUAACCCCUGACACUACCUUAAACCAAUGGUGUUCCUGGGCUGUUAUCAGAAUUUCUGAGUGUGUUUCUGUAAACUUCGUGCCUCUGAAAGGAGGACUUGUGUGUGUUACAACAGCAGCAUGCGAUUGCUGCUGGCUCGCGAUGUGUUUUGUCAGGGUACAGGGUUCCUGGAAUUUCCACUGGGCUUUUCCCCUCUCCUACUCAGUAUUGCCAAGGUUAAGGUUUUCUUUGGGUCCAGCAUUUCAUAUUGCAGCAAUACAGCAAUGUUGUCCGCUUCUAUUGAGCCAGCAAAAUGGCAUCCCAACUGAUAACUUUUUUCUGUUCUCUUUCCAUAUUUGAAGGCACGUAUCGGCCCAGAUGUGGUCUGUGGCAGCUGAAAGGUAUUUCUGAAAGUUGCUCCAACCUGUGCAACUUUGUGCUUGUUCCACAUGAGGUGCACCAGGCUCUGAACUUGCUUGGGAGCUCUCCUCACUGUUCAGAGAAGAGCUAGUUAGGAUUUGGGCUCAGACUUUUGCUUUCUCUCGUUUUUCCAGAGGGCCCUGGGGAACAGAGUUGAGCAAGAUGCAAUCUGCAAAUCAGGGCAGCAGCUGAAGUUUUGGUGGGUGGCGUCUGCGUUGCCACAUGAACACGUGCAGUAGUGCCCUGGGUGCCAGCAGGGCUCUGUGUUGUCAGGUCUCCAGGCAGCACAUGAAUUGUGGCACGCUGGUCAAACCACUGCCCAUCUUUUCAGUUGCCAACCACCCUGUCCUCACAUUUCUGGGUCAUUUCUGAGAUUUCUAUUUCAACUGUUAUCAUACAGGGUUGUGGUUUUUUUUUUCUUUUUUUCACACUGCUUUCCUCAUCAUCUUAGAGAGUAAAUAACAUCCACAAUUCUCAGUGAAAAUGUCCUUAAAAAGUAAUUGUCAGGUUUCCUGAACAUGGAACUUUGGUCUUAAGUCUGUGAAAUGGUCCUCAUCUCGUGGGGUGUGAGGCACCAGUCCUCCCUCUCACAGAAGCUCUUCGCGUGCCGGGACACAGCAGCGGCCUGGGCACGGGAGAUGCGCGAUGUCUUAACCUCCAUGGAGAAAUGAGGAUGCCAAACCUCUUGCAAAACAGAGUCUUCAGUGGGAAAAGAUGUGCAAAUAAGUGAGGGGACUGAUGUGUUUGACUUCAGCACUGAAGCCGCGCUCUGAGGCUUCUGUGAAUUGGAACUAGCUGCCUUUUAUAGUCCUUGAAAAAGACAAAAAUCAAAUCUGUGAUACAGCUUAAAAAA